AUGGCCACAGCAGAAGUGAGGGCUGUGUGGCAGAGAGCUGUUAACCGGUGCUUUGUUCAAGAAGACGCAAAAAGAGCCCCUAAGUUGGCUUAUUGUCAAUCUUCAUGUGCAACAUCAAAAUUGUUUGAUUUUGGGGCAGCCAGUGCUGCUGAUGAAUCCGAUCAUGCUGCUGUCAAUGUCACCCUUUUUAACCCUAAAUCUUUAUUUUCCAGUGGGGCUCCUGACUCAAGAUGGUGGUUGCAAUUGCAACCUAACUAUGAGGCAUAUAGUGAAAGUUCUCAAGCAAAUUCUCAACUAGUGGAUAUGAUGGCUAAACAUGAGACGAUGGAUAUCGAUUCUGUAUGCUGUUCAUUGUCCAAGCGAACAAAUGACUCCUCCUUGGAUUCUGAGUAUUCAUGGAUUGGAGUUGAGAAAGCAGAGCCGUGGUGGCAAACUAGAGAUAGAGAUGAGUUGGCUUCCUUUGUUUCGCACAAAUCACUCAACCAUAUAGAGAAUUGUGACCUUCCACCUCCUCAAAAGUAUCUCACAGGACAACCAUGUCCUGAUAUCGGUAAUAUCAACAUAAGAAGAACAUCAUCUUUGGACAGGGAAGCAUUUUCCAAUUUCAAUGUUCAAGCAAAGGAAAGUGUAGAAUCAGGAUUGAUGCAUAGGAUGUUGGGGCCUUCAACCAAUAAACGGAAUUUAUAUUUUGAUUGUGACAAAUACUCAAGUUAUAGCACAAUCCAUGGGGGUGUCACAGAACAAGUUAUUGGGGAAGACCCCCCCAGCAAAGCUCAACUUAUGGAAGCAUUGUGUCAUUCUCAAACACGCGCGAGGCAAGCAGAGGAGAGAGCAAAACAAGCUUGUGCUGAAAAAAAACACAUUAUUGCACUCUUCUUUUUGCAGGCAUCACAACUUUUUGCGUAUAAGCAAUGGUUUCAACUGUUGCAGCUAGAGAAUCUUAACACUCAGCUUAAGAACAAGGAUCAGCCAACUCUCUUCCCUGUGGCUCUUCCAUGGAUUGGUAGGAAAUUUGGCAAGAGAAAGCAAAAAUUAGGCAAUGUCAAACAAAAAAUGCUUGGCAAGCCAAAAAGUGACAUUACAACAUACGCCAUUGCAUUUGCUUUAGGAUUGAGUCUUGUUGGGGCUGGCUUGCUUUUAGGAUGGACUGUAGGUUGCAUGUUACCUUGUUCAUAG